AUGAGUCCUAUGGACUUCUGGGCGCACUCAGGGCGCCUCAGCUUAAAGUAUGAGAUGCUGCUGACUGUAUAUGACUCCUUGGAAACACUGAAGAUACAACCAUCAUACCAUCCUUUUCACCUGCCUAUUGGACCUCUUGACGACUCCAAGCCGAAUUGGCUUUGCACUUUUCCGCCUGCAGAGGAAGAUAAGCUCUCACUGGACAGUCAUUUAUCACCUGGGAUCGCAUGCUUCAUAUGUAUGGCAGGACGUCACUACGGUCCAAUAUAUUGUCCGCCAUUUGCAUCCUACCGCAAAUAUGGACUUGCAAUUUGGGGCUUGAAACGAAUAGUGGACUUAGGCCUUGACAUAAAAUGA